AGGCAGUCACACUAUUAAGGGAUCAGUGAGACUCUUUUGUAUACCUGUAGCAUAUAGUAAUAGUAAGCAGUAAUAGCAAUGGCCUCCUCCAUGAUCUCAUCGGCAACCAUUGCCACCGUGAACCGCUCCUCCCCGGCACAGGCCAACAUGGUGGCCCCCUUCACGGGCCUCAAAUCUGCCUCUGCUUUCCCAGUCACCAGGAAGGCCAACAACGACAUCACUUCUCUUGCAAGCAACGGUGGGAGAGUGCAAUGCAUGCAGGUGUGGCCGCCUCUUGGGAAGAAGAAGUUCGAGACUCUCUCAUACCUGCCCGAUCUUACUCCCGUACAGUUGGCUAAGGAAGUAGAUUACCUUCUUCGCUCUAAAUGGAUUCCUUGCUUGGAAUUCGAAUUAGAGGAGGGAUUCGUGCAUCGUAAGUACUCGAACUUACCCACGUACUACGAUGGACGCUACUGGACCAUGUGGAAGCUGCCCAUGUUCGGGUGCACCGACUCGGCUCAGGUGUUGAAGGAGCUUGAGGAAUGCAAGAAGGAAUACCCCAAUGCAUUCAUUAGAAUCAUUGGGUUCGACAACGUUCGUCAAGUGCAGUGCAUUAGUUUCAUUGCCUACAAGCCUGAAGGCUACUAAGUUGUUUACUUCCCUCCUAGGAAUUCCAUUUGUUUCAAAGUUGUACUUAAAUUAAGCCCCUCAAACCCCCCCCCCCUUUUUCUUUUUCUUUUUUAGUUGAGUUAUUUGGCUUGGGGUCUUUCUCUUUGUUUUGUUUUUGGAUUUCCAAUGGAACGGCUGAGAACUAAUGAAUAAAAAGGUAGUUUCUUGCCAUAUUUCAUGAA